GGCUAUCGUUGCUAUCAUAGCUCCCAGCAGUGAAACAAAUAUAAGCUAAUCUCCUGACGAAAUGAUAACACUGACGGGUUGUUCGAGAAGCAGUUCAGAUCGCAAAAUGCAUGAGGAAAGAUCUCAUCCGAAGCCGCUUCACCUCUCCGCGGACUACGUCCAGGAUAAGCUGCGUGCCUACUUCAAAGCGGAUUCCUUGAAGCUGGAGAAAUUGGAUAUCAAGCCUGCCAUUCUCAAGAAAAACAACUAUUCCAGCUUAAUGACUCGCAUCAAUGUGGAGUACACCACGGACGAAUCGGAGGACAAACAGGCCACCAAAUUCAUGAUAAAGACCAACUUUGCCGAAAAGAAUCCGGCUGCCCAUGUGUUCAUCAAAUAUGGCAUCUACACCCGCGAAAUGGACAUGUACCAGCGAAUUCUGUCCAAGAUCGCGGAUCUGGUGAAGAGGGAGAUCCAGGAUCCUCGGCGAAUUUGUGCCGGCACUGUAUACGUCGACAAGGAUAGAGAUUCUAUUAUUUUCGAGGACCUCGCGUUAGAGCAUUACAAAGUGGCCUGCAGGAUCAAAAAGUUGGAUCUGGCGCACACACAUCUCGUGCUGGAAAGGCUGGCCAACUUUCAUGCCGCUGGAGCAGCGCUGGCCGAGAGAGAGCUUGGCAUCUUUAAGAAUAACUAUGACCGUGGAUUCUUUAACAGACAUACCCGUGGCUAUGAGCCGAUCAUGAAGAGUCUUCUGAUGACCCUGUCCCGUUCCCUUAACUCAGAUCAGGAGCUGCGUCAACGAUACCAGGCGAAGAUUGACCGACUUGUUGAUCGCAUAAUGGUCUACGGUGAGCGCUCGACCACCAAUAAUCCUGGCGAUUUCCUAACCCUCAACCACGGAGAUCUGUGGACCACCAAUCUUAUGUUCCAGUACGAUGCAAAGGGACAGCCCAUCAAUGCUGUCUUCAUCGAUUUCCAGUUCAGCGUGUGGAACUCCCCAGCGAUCGAUCUUCACUACUUCUUCUCCACUUCCAUUCGGGACGAGCUCCGUCUAAACAAUCAAACUGAGCUGGUUCAGUUUUACUACUACAAACUGAAGGAUGCACUGAAAAAAUUAAAGUAUGCUGGUUGUAUGCCGACUUUGUUCGACUUUCAACAACAGUUCCGAACUAGAGCCUUUUAUGCCGCGUUUGCUUCAUUAAUUUUUGAACCGUUUAUGGUCUAUGAUGGAGAAGAGAAGGUUUCCCUGGAGCACGUCAUUUCGGAGGGCAAAGGAGGAAUAAGAUUCAAGGACGACGUAUAUCAGCAGGAGUGCGUCAGGCAAAGGCUCCACCAUACACUUCCCUAUCUUGAUCAGUGGGGAUUGCUGGAUGACAUUUAAAGUUGUACCCGUGAUCAAAUGAUUACGUUACAGAAGUGAGAGGAAAGUUAACACUCAUAAUAAAAUGCACUUUACGACUUUA